UUUCCUUUAUUGUAAAAACUCAAUUCACCAUACAAAUUUUAUUUAUUCAAAUGCAUAUGAUAUCAAUGGACUGUAAAGAUAAAUCUCACAAUUUAUGUCAGAAUUCAAAAGUGUCAUUCACACGAGUCUGACGUGUAGAUGUUUUACCUGUAUCAUAACAUAAACAACAUAAAUAAGUCUACAGAUAAAACCAUAGAAAAACAGUGUUGUCAAUGUAUGUGUCAUUAAAACAUCAUCACAAAAAAGAACAAUGGAGUCUCAGAAGUUUAAAAAUACCUCAAAAGUAAUUACUAACUCAUGUUGAGGGGUCACAUACAUUCAGUUCUUGGGCCAAAACCUAGAAAUGGCAGUAAAUUAAAACAUAAAGUAUAAUUAAACAUAGUAAUAAAGUCAGUAAUAGAGUACAGCACAUCAUUAGAUAGCACAUGAAAUAACUGUUCCUCAAGGUGAGGGAGAUGAUCAUUAUUUUUUAAAAUAAAUCUUAAUUAUAGCAGUACAAUAUUCAUACACAAUCAUAGAACACAGUUCAAUACAAUACGAUGAAAAAGUGCAGAAGCAUUUCAGUUUUGACCUCUGAGAUAGAUCUUAAAAGAUAUCUAAGGCCCUCUUUGCUGAACUCCCUCGCAAACAAACAAAAAAAACAUGACUUUUUAUAGAACUGUGAGGAAAAAUGCAAUAAAAGUCAUAGAAGUUUCAACAACAGGAAAUAAAUCAAUUAGAUUUUUAGUCAUACUCUUUAGUGUUCUGUUACCUUGUGACAAUCAAUGUCUGCACAAAACAUUCAUGCUCUUUCUAAAAAAGGAGACUUGACCAAAUAUUGAACUCGACCAAUUAAUUACUGCUUUAUUGUAAUUGCGGUAAUUCUUUGGACAGCAUCCCCUCGGACAAAACCACUUUAACUGGAUAACACUGGUAUCUAAAAGGCCUUUGAUUCUACAGCAUCCAUCCUCUGCACACCAUGUCUUACUAAAUCUUGAGUGUUUAAUCUCCCGUAAUUACAAAGAUUUGCUUAGGUUAAUAAAAAUAAUCCGCCUCAAUUGAGACCCCCUACCCGGACCACCCCUGGGCCUUCUUUGCCCCUUUCUGUGAGGGAUAAAUUCACAGUCACAUAAAUAGAGUCACCUUCACAACCGUGAAGCACAACUCUUUGAUUCAGGAGCAGUAGGCUGUUGGAUAUUGAGAUAGACUUUUUGAUCGUCAGGUUUUGUCAGAAAGGCGAAAAACCUUAAUUGAAAUUUGUUGGUAAACAAAGAAGCUGUGUUUAGUCUUAUAGGCUGACGUCAUUUCCACGGGUUGAGAUUGUGUCAUCGGUGAGCGCGUCAAGGUUAACAACAGUUGAGAGGCUCAUCUUUAUCUGUGAUCUUGUCAACAGUAAGACUUCGGCGAAAGAAGCAAGGGGCAUUUAGGCGUUCAGUUUAUGAAUGGUCCUGCACUUCAUAAGAAAAUAGCCAUGCUGUGAUACUCAAAAUUCUGGGAAGACUUCUGGGAAAAAAAACACCUUUCAUUUAUCACCUGAUUCAACAGUCCAUCACCUUGGAACCAAUAAAAUCUCUGUAAUGAGUCUGAGAUAUUUCAGUUCAGAGAUGACAAUGGAGAACAGAAGCAGCUGCAACGGCAGCAGAGAAAGGCUGGGACUGAGCUUCACUAUUGACUACCUUCUGUUCAAUAAAGGAGUCAAAGGUUCCAAAGAAGAACCGACAGGAAGUCGUAUGGAGGAGCGGACAGCGAACAACAUGCUAAAUCAUCAGAAUCCUGAACCCAAAGAGGAGGGGAUUCUCUGUGAGGUACAGGAGAAGCGGCUACAGAGGUCAGAGGCAGAGACCGGAGAAAGGAAAGUCAAAGAAGAGGAGGGGGAUGAAGAGCAACAAGAGGAGGGGGAGGAGAAAAUGACCACCGCCGCCACCACCACCACCACGUCUACCAGCGGCAGUCCAUCCAAGUCUACGGACAAACCCAACCAGUCCUACAUCGCACUCAUCUCCAAGGCCAUCCUGGCGUCAGAGCAGAAGAAACUGCUGCUAUGUGACAUCUACCAGUGGAUCAUGGACCACUACCCUUACUUCAAGAGUAAGGAUAAAAACUGGAGGAACAGCGUGCGUCACAACUUGUCCCUGAACGAUUGCUUCAUCAAAGCAGGCCGCAGCGAAAAUGGUAAAGGCCACUUCUGGGCGAUUCACCCAUCGAACUACCAGGACUUUUCUAACGGGGACUACCACUGCCGGAGGACGCGGCGGAGGGUACGCAGGGUGGCAGGACAGCUCCCCCUUUCACCCCUGAGCUCUGCCUUCCAUCACGCCCUCGCUCGCCCCCACAGAACGACCUGUUGGUGCUGUCCACAAGCCCAAACAUUCCCUCUAUCCUGUUUGGCACCCAGACUCUACUGGCCUUGGUCCAGUGUGCAGGCACAAGUGGGGCUCCACCCAAGAAUUCACGCCUCUGUACCCUGAGGGAGAAUAGUUUGGGGUUUUUUUAGGUAUUCUGUACUCACAGUUUGGCCUUGAUUCACUGUCGGGUAAAAGAGAAAUUUUAGAAUAUUAUUUGCUAAUGAUUAUGUCAUUAGAUGACGUUAAAAUCAAAAUGGACUUUGACAAUUAUAUGUCAUACUCUGCUUUGUAAGUAAGGGCAAAAUGAUUUUAGGACAUUCAAUGACUAAAUAAAAUGUAUGAAUCUUAUGAAGCGACUGCACUUGUUUCAUUUGUAUUCUGACUGUUUUUAGAAUGACAAAAACACAAUGUUUUGUUAUUCUUAUUAAAUCAUAUUGAACUGAACAUCUUAUGAUCUUUCUUUUUUAUCAGCUGCCUCAUUUGUGUGUGUGUGUGUGUGUGUGUGUGUGUGUGUGUGUGUGUGUGUGCGCGCGCUUGCCUGUGCGUGCAGAUAGUACUAAAAGUGAGCCCACUGCUAAAAUACCACCUGGUGUUAGAUGCUAAUUAGUCAAAGCUGUCGGGAUGCAAAAUCUUCUGCCCUAAGAGACUAAAAUCAGGCUUCGCAAAGCCUACUCCCAAGGAUAUGAGGCCAGAUAAUCUGAGCAAUCCCAAAUAGUUUCAAGAAAUAGGAAGCUUAUCACACGGUGGGUGUAAUCCGUAACCGCUGCUACAGAAAGAGGGGAACCACAGGAGGUCAGGGAUGAAGGAAGCAGAGGAAAGGGAAGAAGGCAGAGAGGUGAGGGGACACUGAUUUAUUGGAGAAGUGGGAGGGCUUUUUGGGAGGUUUUUUACUGUAUGUGUUUACAUGGACCAGUCAGGGCAGAAACACACAGCAACUGAAAUAAUGGUUUAUGUUAAGUUCAUGUGACUGUAGUACAUAAGUUACAGUACAUAAUGUUAUGAUCUGUGUGUGUGACUCUUUAAAAAGGAGUACAUAUGACAAAGACACUCCCCAAAAAUAACCAAUAAAACUGUCACCAAACAGCAGCUCAAUUAUAAGAUGACUCCAAAAUAUUGCCAUAAAAAGGAUCAAGUCGAUUUUUACCUGUCCGGCUCUCACAUCAAUAGUGAAAUUCCUCUCUGACUUGCAAAGGUUGGCAUUUACAUUCACAGUGCUCCAGCCUAAGAGGAUUAGGUCAUACAUUGACUUUUCUGAAGUUUGUUUGUCUCAGCUCAUGCAGGCUUCUUAUUUGCAAAUUAUCGAAUAUUUGAAUAAGGCAAUAUUUGACAUGAAAUUAGAUUCUAAAUAGACAAACAAUAUGUCAGAGGGAUAAAGCUUGAGAGCGAGAGAGAGAGAGAUAGAGAGAGAGAGCACACUUGUGGGUGUUAUUCACAACAGUUAUUUUCUGGUGAUGUUCAUUAGAACAAUGACAAAUCCAUCUAAUUAAUUUUUGUUCACCAAAUCUUCCUAUUCAAUGUCGGCAGCUAAUUGGAGACCUAAUUUGCUUAAUUCCCAUGAAUUGCUCUCUGCAUCAAAUCCUCUUCAAUUCACCAGCUUUAAGGCUUUAAUUUGGUUGCAUAUGUUUGCUGUACACACACACACACACACACACACACACACACACACACACACACACACACACACACACAUAGAAGCAAGAAUGCACAAUGCACACAUGUACAAACACUCCUAACAAUCUUGCAGAAACACAAAUGCAUAUUUUUGCACACACACUGUAAAGUUGUUCAAAUUAAUUAUGUUUGCUUUUUUGUGCUACUUUGUA